AUGAUUGAUGUUACAGCAUGUGGAGCUGUUCAUUCCUCUUGGAUUCAUUGUUAUGGUCCCUCAUUGCGCAAGUCAUCACGUAAAUGGUUACACAGUGUUAAAGAAGAUCAUAUUGGUCAAAGUAUGUUAAAUCAUGCAUAUCAAUCUCACCAAACCUACAAGAAUUGCUCUAGAGCAGUUGGUGGUUGGCUAAUUUAA